CAGACAAGUACAUGUUCAGCCUGGUUAUGUUUUAAGAAAAGAAAAAGACUUGAAAAAAGGAAGUUGUGUCUGUGUUUAGAUCAUACGUUUUUCUUAUUAGGCGUCGACUGCAGAGGCAAAACGGUCAAAAUGGGCAGAAGUCCAUCGCGCCCGGUCCAGACUGGACAGGUACAGAGGUCACACGGCGGAUGGUUCUCCUGGUUCUGGCGGUGUUGGGCUGGUCUGUUCAUUUGCUCAGGAAAUGAGGAGGAUGUGGAAAAGUGUGAAAACAAACCACUGAGCUCUGCUCUGGAAGUGCCACAACAAGCAUACAGCAUAGAGAGCGUGGAAGAGCUGAGACACGAGAAUCAACAGCUCAGCUCUGCCCUGGAACAGAAGGACAAAGAACUCUGGAAGACCAGAAAGAGGUUGAAUGAUCUGAGUCAUGAGAACAAACAGCUGAGAUUGGUCCUGGAUCAGAGAGAGGAAGAGCAUCGACAGAGGAUGCACCAGGUGGAAAUGUCAUAUGAAGAGAAACUGAGAUCUGCCCAGAAAACGAACAAAGAGCUGAAUCAAAGGUUGAAUGAACCGAGCCAGAAGAACCGAGAGCUGAGCCUCAAACUAGAACAAAAGCACAAAGAGCUCAGAGAGAUUCUUCAGAGGAUGGACCACAUGGAGGAAACCCACAGAUCUGUCCUGGAGCACAAAGAGGCGGAGCACAGAGAGAAGAUUCAUGUCCUGGAAAAAGACCAAGAGGAACGACUGAGAUUUGCUGAGCUGAAGGAGAAAGAUCUCACUGAAAGACUGAAUCAACUGAACCUGGAGAAGCAGCAGCUGAGGUUGAAUGAACCGAGCCAGAAGAACCGAGAGCUGAGCCUCAAACUAGAACAAAAGCACAAAGAGCUCAGAGAGAUUCUUCAGAGGAUGGACCACAUGGAGGAAACCCACAGAUCUGUCCUGGAGCACAAAGAGGCGGAGCACAGAGAGAAGAUUCAUGUCCUGGAAAAAGACCAAGAGGAACGACUGAGAUUUGCUGAGCUGAAGGAGAAAGAUCUCACUGAAAGACUGAAUCAACUGAACCUGGAGAAGCAGCAGCUGAGGUUGAAUGAACCGAGCCAGAAGAACCGAGAGCUGAGCCUCAAACUAGAACAAAAGCACAAAGAGCUCAGAGAGAUUCUUCAGAGGAUGGACCACAUGGAGGAAACCCACAGAUCUGUCCUGGAGCACAAAGAGGCGGAGCACAGAGAGAAGAUUCAUGUCCUGGAAAAAGACCAAGAGGAACGACUGAGAUUUGCUGAGCUGAAGGAGAAAGAUCUCACUGAAAGACUGAAUCAACUGAACCUGGAGAAGCAGCAGCUGAGGUUGAAUGAACCGAGCCAGAAGAACCGAGAGCUGAGCCUCAAACUAGAACAAAAGCACAAAGAGCUCAGAGAGAUUCUUCAGAGGAUGGACCACAUGGAGGAAACCCACAGAUCUGUCCUGGAGCACAAAGAGGCGGAGCACAGAGAGAAGAUUCAUGUCCUGGAAAAAGACCAAGAGGAACGACUCAGAUUUGCUGAGCUGAAGGAGAAAGAUCUCACUGAAAGACUGAAUCAACUGAACCUGGAGAAGCAGCAGCUGAGGUUGAAUGAACCGAGCCAGAAGAACCGAGAGCUGAGCCUCAAACUAGAACAAAAGCACAAAGAGCUCAGAGAGAUUCUUCAGAGGAUGGACCACAUGGAGGAAACCCACAGAUCUGUCCUGGAGCACAAAGAGGCGGAGCACAGAGAGAAGAUUCAUGUCCUGGAAAAAGACCAAGAGGAACGACUCAGAUUUGCUGAGCUGAAGGAGAAAGAUCUCACUGAAAGACUGAAUCAACUGAACCUGGAGAAGCAGCAGCUGAGGUUCAAACUAGAACAAAAGGACAAAGAGCUCAGAGAGAUCCUCAAGAAGAAAUGUGAGAGGUCCAGCUGCCAGCGCUGUGAGCACCAAGCCCAGGAACACAGGCAACAAAUGUGUGAGAUGGAGAAGUUUUACAAAGACAAGCUGACUGUGGCCAGGUCUGCUCUGAAGGAGAAGGACGAGCAGUUCAGCUCCUUCAAAGACAGAGUGGCAGAGAACAUGGUGCUCUCCUUAAAAACAGACAACACAGAGAACAUGAACAGUCCAGUGAAUCAGAGCCGCCUCACAGAGAUGUACCAGCAGCUCCGAGUCUGCACAUGGCCACAUAUACAGUUCCCACGUUCAGACCGCGAGGCCAGGACACUGGUCCAGGAGAUGUUUGCAGCAGCAGCUGAGCACAUGAAGAGACCCUUAGACACAGUAGAGAAAGUGUGUGGAGUAAAGGCCUCUUCUCCAAAGGUGGAGAAGUUCAGACAGACGGCUCUGGAGAAUCUACAGCUGGCUCUGUACCACAGCAGCAAACAGGACGUCUUUCAGGUGGUGUUCCCACACUUUGAUGGAGGAGCUGCAGAGGUGGAGCUGGCCUCUGAGUGUUACUGGUUGGGCUGUCUGAUGGCACUGCACGUCCCUCCUCUUCAUCCUCACUGGGACAGGGCUGAUGAAGAGUGCAGAACAGUCUUUCCCAGGGACAUCACAGCACAGAGACGCCCUUGAGACUGAUCCUGCAACAUGAUCUUUAUGAAAUCCAAAAUUGACUGCAAAAUUUCCUCAUGAAUCUGAAAUUGUCAUUGAAUGCAAAUAAAACUAUAUGAUAUGGUGUCCUGGAUUAAGAAGGCGAUGGUCCAGCGCCCUGUCCUGAGUGUCCUGACUGUAUAAAGAAGUGGACUAAGGUGUGAUGUUUUGAAACCGUUGAAUUCACUCUUUCACUCAGACUUUUGUCUUAUUACAGGUGAUGGAUUUAAACCCAUCAGUGGAAAAUGGGUUGGCCAUCAGUCUGUUUGACAAGAACUGCACUGCCUGAAAUGUAUCUACAACCUUUUCAAAAGAGCCUUGUCAAAUAGUUUUCUUAUUUGCAGUUUUAAUAAGUGGAUGAAUUCAUGUAUGUUGUUUUUGUUGUGACUCUAAAAUGAA